AUGACAAAGCGUCAAGCAGUUGAGACGCUUGAUAGAUCACUCCAGGACAUAAUGGGAUGUCCUUUGCCAUUUGGGGGGAAGGUUGUUGUCUUUGGUGGAGAUUUUAGGCAGGUCCUUCCCGUUGUGACAAGAGGGACAAGAGCACAGAUCACCGAUGCAACACUGCUUAAAUCCUAUCUGUGGGAUAAGAUCCGCAAGAUUCGCCUCACACUCAAUAUGCGUGCACAAACUGACCCUUGGUUCUCCGAAUACCUCCUAAGGAUCGGCAAUGGAACAGAAGAUACAAUUGGCGACGACUAUGUGCGUCUCCCAGAUGACAUUGUGAUCGGCUAUACCGAGGAUGGGAAAGCAAUUAACAAACUCAUCGAAGAUGUCUUCCCAUCACUGCACGCCAAUGCUACCUCAAGGGAGUACAUGAGCACACGUGCAAUUCUUUCAACCAAGAAUGAGCAUGUGGAUGACCUCAAUGACAAAAUGAUCUCUAGGUUUCCAGGCGAGGAAAAGGUAUACCAUAGCUUCGACUCAAUCGAGGAUGACUUGCAGAAUAAUUACACGAUUGACUUUUUAAACUCGAUCACACCAAAUGGCUUGCCCCCGCAUACCUUGAAGGUAAAGGUCAACUGCCCGGUCAUUCUACUACGUAACCUAGACCCUCAUAAUGGCUUGUGCAAUGGAACACGGCUCAUGAUCAGAGCCUUCCAGGAUAAUGCAAUUGACGCGGAGAUUGUUGGUGGUCAGCAUGCUGGAAAGAGGGUGUUUAUACCAAGGAUCCCUAUGUCGCCCUCGGAGGAUACCUCACUUCCCUUCAAGCUUAAGAGAAAACAGUUCCCCAUCCGCCUGAGUUUUGCCAUGACCAUUAACAAGGCACAGGGUCAGACCAUCCCGAACGUCGGUAUUUACCUUCCCGAGCCCGUGUUCUCCCAUGGUCAGUUGUAUGUUGCAUUGUCAAGGGGCGUGUCAAGGAAGACGACGCGAAUUUUGGCCAAACCGAACAAGGAGGUUGAUAAAUCCGGGAGAAGCACCAAAAAUAUUGUUUAUAGAGAUGUGUUGGAGGGAUGA